CAUUAGUUCGUGUUUCGGUUGAUAGAGGCAGUCUUCGUCGUGCUGCCAUACGGUAUGGCUGCGGUUUGUCGAAGUUUUCUCUUUAUCCCGAUAUAAUUUGAAGUGAAUCGUUGAUAGUAAUGUGUUAUUCAUACGGAAGUUCAUCGAAAAGUAGCCGUCCUUACGAAUGCUAAUCGUUAUUGUAACAUUGCAGAUAAACUAUGCUGUCUCAAAUGAAGACCAAUACCACUGGAAAACUGGAAGGGAAACGACCGAAAGAAUUAAUGUCAUCUUCCAGCCUUUCCGGUAUGUCACAAUUAUCGAACAGCAGCGAGGAGACCUUGGAGCCUCUUGUACAUAAGCCGCACAAAUUGGAGACGAUGGAAAGCACAACGAAAGACGAAAUUCCGCAACACAACGAAUGGUUAUUAAGUGGACCAAGUGGUAACAAGUCUAUUUUGCGUUUCAAAUGCUCUGCAUUAGCAAGUUCCCCGGAAGAACCACCCGCGAAAACAUUGCAUAUGACCUACAAAAUUUUUCAAACGGACACUAAACUCAUUAAUCUCUUGCUGCAAUCACACGGUUUAACAGAGGUUCCUAUGAACGAGAUGGAUUUUAACAUACUGUGGAUGGGGAAUCACCCGAAGCCGGACAUUUUACGGAAUUUAAUGCCCCACCAGAAAGUGAACCAUUUCCCAAGGUCGUACGAGAUAACCCGCAAGGAUCGACUGUACAAGAACAUAGAAGCGAUGCAACGCAGCAAGGGUCUACGGAAUCUGGACUUUAUACCGCAAACGUUUCUGCUGCCUAGCGAAUCGAGGGAAUUACUUACGGCGCAUUUCAGGUACCGCGGGCCCUGGAUUGUCAAGCCAAAAGCCAGUUCCCGCGGACGUGGCAUUUAUAUUGUUAACAGCCCUGAAAAGAUUCUUACGGACGAAUCUGUGAUCGUUGCGCAGUACAUAAAUAAUCCGCUUCUAGUCGACGGGCACAAAUGUGACUUACGGCUGUACGUAGCCGUGACGAAUUACGAUCCACUGUUGAUCUACCUGUACGAGGAGGGCUUAGUGAGAUUCGCCACGGUGAAGUACGACGGUGGCAACCAGUAUAUCUGGAACCCCUGCAUGCAUUUGUGCAACUAUAGCAUCAACAAAUUCCACGUGGAUUACGUAAAGAGCGAAGAUCCAGAUGCGGAGGAUGUAGGCCAUAAGUGGACUUUGUCGGCGUUACUCAGACAUCUACGUUCAAUGGGACAAGACACGGAAUUGCUGAUGCAACGCAUAGAGGAUAUUAUCAUAAAAUCGAUUCUUGCGACUGCCUCUGGAAUCGUCAGCGGAGUCAAGCAAUUUGUCAAACAUCCGGAAGCUUGUUUCGAACUAUUUGGAUUUGAUAUUUUAAUCGAUGACACGUUGAAACCAUGGUUACUGGAAGUGAAUUUAACGCCAUCAUUGGGAUGCGAUUCUCCGCUCGAUGUUAGAUUGAAAUCGGCUUUGAUAGCCGAUUUACUUACUCUGGUUGGUAUACCUGCGAUCGAUCCAAUGUUACGACCGCAAAGCACGCACCUGAACCGAUCCACAGUGACUUCUACUAAAAGAAUAGUUAACUGUAGGAGAGUACAUUCAGCCGAAACAUUAUCACAAAGAAAAAAGAACAGCAGUAAAAGCAAUAUCAAUAAAUCAGGAUUAACGUCCGAACAGCAACGAAUAGUAGCAUCGGCGAAAGCUCAAUUCGAUCGACGAGGAGGAUUCGUUCGCAUAUUUCCUAGUCCAAAAUCGUGGGAGAUGUACUCACAAUAUUUAGAUCCAACCACGGGUAUACCAAUAGCUUCGGAUCCUUUGGGUCCAGGCAGAGUUCCACAUCAAAUUAAUACGAAUCAUAAUUUAAUGUUACACGAACAAUUAUUUCCCGCUGCUAGUCGUACUACUGACUUUAUCAUUCCCGAGGUUACAUUGGACAGAUUGUCUAGAUACGAAAGAUAUGAGAGAGCUUUGGUAAAAGGGCACAAACAAAGCUUAGAUCGUGGUAGUAGUAAAGAGAAUAUCGAUAUAGAUAAACAUAAGUAUAAGAGCCAGGUGGUGCAAUCUAUGCACGAAGGAAAUAAACUUAGUCCUGGAGAAGCUAGGAAGGCCUUCGGUUUAUACUUAGGACAUAUAUUACGUAAAAUAUCACAGCCUAAUGCGGAUCCAACAUGCUGCGAUCUUGUGAUGAAAUUUCUUCAACAGUCGGCUAGUAAUUUAAGGACCCCAUUUUUUUUUACGGUACGUCGUUUACCAAGUAGUAAAUUGAGUGAUAAAGAUCGUGCUGCUGUCACGGCUAAACAACUCUCAGACUUUUUACAUUUAUACAAUCGAGAGACAGAUCUUUACGCGGAUACAGUUGACCGUCCACGUACUGUUCCGAAUCGACUUUUCCAAAAGUUUUUAGUCGCGGCAAGCGAACAAGAUCUCGAUGAUAUAUUAAUUCUACAAACGAGGCUAUACAAGUGCGCUCACAGUUUUUUGGGAAGAAGCGGUUUCGCAGGAAGUCUACCUGGUCCUAAUUUAUUGGGUUCUUUACCCCACAUUACGUCUCGCGUAUAUUCUAACGCUGCAACUAGCGAACAAUGCAAAUGUAAUCAGUCAUCAAUUACUAGGCCUAUAAAAGCUGCGCGUACCUAGCUGUACAAUGUGUGAAUAUUUGUUAUAGAUACGUCUGUUCGUUAAAAGUACUAUGUACGGCUACUCUAGGACUUCCCAGUACAAGUGGACAAUCAUCCACGUAUAUAUAAUCUUAACGUUUCCCAUAUAAAUAUAGCACAGAAAAUCAUCAUAAAACUAAUAUUUUGGGUACGCUUGAAAAGUGCUUUAAUAUUCGCUUACCUAUUAUAAAGUAGAAGAAAGAAAAAGUCCGUUAUACGAUACUUCCAACGAAUAAUAUCCCGAACCUUCUUGAAGAAGUUUUCUUGGCCUCUCUAAUCGAUUUCAUAUUCUUACAUAACAAUUUUACCUUAAAACUAGUCUUUAGCAUCAAAGAUUCGAAGCUAGAUAGGGAAUGAUCUUAAAAUAAAGGAAACGCUCACGGAUUUAGGUUUUGCGAGUUUUAUCGUAUAAAACACGUGGCCAAUUAAAAUUGAAUCGUUUUAAGAUACAACAGAAAUUUUAAAGAAUAAAUAAUUCAAUUAAUAAAUUUUAAGGACGUUCACGUUAUCGGCCUACGUAACAGGCAAUUAAUGUUUACUUCUUAAAAUAAAAUAUCAAAUUUAUUGAUCGUGAAUAAUCUUUUACAACUUUUACAAAAAUAUUCAGUUUGACAUGCUUAUUUUACCAUUAUAUAUUAAUCAUUUGAAUAUAUAACUUUAUACAGAUCGAUUUAACACUUAAUUUCAUUUAAUUAAAAUAUAUAUCUUUUAUCAGAAAUUUAGACGGUAUCUUAAUAAUUAACUAUCAUUCUUAACAAUUUUAUCAAAGAUGUUCCUAUCUAAAUUAUAUUUUUUUUCAAUUAAAAUAAACAUAUUUAUUUGUAUCAGCUUAUAUUAGAUGCCUCCUUCUGUCUAGCCAAGUUGAAGGCAGACGCAUAAAAAAUUAGCAUGUGUUUUUCAUUGUAAUCUUAUUUAGCAUUUUGUUCGACAGUCUAAAUUCGUCCAUAAAAGAUCUAGAGAUAGACGUAAAAUAUAGUAGUUAAAAAAAUUACAUACAAACAUUCAACGAAUUGAAUUUUUGCGAGUAUAUAGCUUAGGAAAGAAAAUCGGUUUAAGAAUUUUUUCGAGAUCAAUUUUUCAAAGUGCAAUAAGAACAAAUGAUUAAUAAAUUAAAACUAGGCUCGUUAUAAGAUACAGACAUAUUUGUAUAGAAAUAGUACAUAUACGGUAUACAUGUAUAUGUACAGUAUACACCUAAUUGUACAAUGAUUUUUAGUCGUGACUCGGUAAUACGCCUGAUAAUAUUAAGUUACAUGCAUUCAGUUUGAAAGAGACAUGUGCCACAGCUUUUAUGAUUGUGGUUACUAAAUGAAAAAUGGGAAAUGUUGGGCGACACGAUUGGCAGGUACCAAUCCAUUAGAUUAAAAUCGUAUAGGUCUUAUCCAUCCAUAUAAUGCCGUCAGUAUUUAAACAAGGAUUUACAGCUUAUUCUUCCAAGAAAUAUAAUGUCAUUUGCAUUUUACAAGCUUUCUACCAUUGCACGCGAAAAAAAAACGGAACAAAAUUGUAUCUUUCCAGUUGCGUUAUUAAAUCAAAAUAGGAAAUCCUGGUACACAUAUAUUCAACUCAUUUGCUGUGAUAUAAUCGCAUAUGACGGCAUAAGUAUCAGUUGAGCGCAGUAUCUUUUACUCAAUGGCAUUCAAUGUUAUGUAUAACAUGUUAUCGCAGUGGGUUGAUCUCACAUGAGACGAAAGUCUUAAUGUUAUCCCUUACUAAGCACAAAGAAAGCUAUUGUUCAUUGUAGCAGCGAAGAAUAUUGUUAUUGCAUAAUUGUAUUCGUAGCCGGACACGUUAUAAUCAGUUAAACGGUACGUUAUCAGUUUAUGUUUUGAAGUUUAACGCAUCCACCUAAACAUACAACGAGUAGGCUUAAAAAUGUGGUUCUAAAUGCGUGUUGACCAUAUUCAUUUCGUUUUGUCCCGUUGAAUUUCACACUUUUCGCAUUAACUUUCAUUUAUAGUGUAACGUAUGCGUUAUUUGCAUAAGUUUAGUAGAAAUAUUUCGUAUAGAUAUCUAUUGUUAAUUCGAACAAUUAAUAUAUGUAUUUAUAUCAACUGAAGAGACAUUAUUUUUUAAUUCAUACAAUAUUAUUUUUUUAUAUACACGCUACACAUCACGUUUCAUUGCCCGAAUUUAUAUCUACACCUUGUGUCAUAAUAUAAGCGGGAUGUUUUGCAAAAAAAUACUCUAGCAUAUCGGUUCAAUGUCCGUUAUUUGCGUCCAUCCUAAAUGUAUAAAACAUUGAUAUCGUAAGUCAAGAUUAUCACAAGAAGUGGUACGUACUGCCAUUAUUUUGUAAACAUAUCUUUUCUUUACAACCGUAAUGUAUUUUUUAUAUUGUCAGCAGUUUUAUUUAAAUAGACGUGCUUUAUGUGUUUGAAACGUCAGUCGUGUAAAAUAAAAAUGCACAACAAUUUCACUUAUUUUUUAAGAUUAAUAUUAGUCACGAUUGUUUGAAUGAAAAAACAUGAAAAAAAUAACUUUAUAGUGUUCAUGUAUGUUUUAAAUGUUUUUUGAUUUCGUAAAGCGGCUAGCGAUAAGUAUACAAUCCUAGCAAACGGAGAGUAUAUCGAAGUUACAUUUACACAGAUCGAGGGAAGGCACGAAAUGUUAGGAAGCUUAUAAUUAUAUUAGCAAAUAUAUACAUAUACUUAACGUAUCGUUCUUGUACUUAAAUGUUCACAAUCUGUUAUGCCAAAUGCUUUCUGUAUUCGUAAAUGCGAAAUAUUUAUUAUGUUGUAAUACAGUGCGUGACUGAAAAGUUUUUGAAGAAGAUAUAGAUAUCAAUUCAUGCGUAAAAUAUCAAAAAUUUUUUCUUUCCAAUUAAUGACAUUUGUCUUUGAAUCUUAUGCAGUAAGUUUGUUAAAAAGUUCAGAGCGUAAUUACUUGUAAACUUUAAUUAAAGAGGGAUGUUGAAUUUAAACAAUAGUAAAAGUCGUCGGGAACGGUGAAAUUAGCAGAUGUAUAUAUAAAAAAGGAAAUUGUUAUUACAUACCUCCGUGUUGCGUAUGCAACACUCCCUUCCUACCUGUGAUUUGUAAAAUUUACUAGUCAGCUUACUGCAUUUACUAUAAAUAAAAUAUUGUAAGAAAACAA